AUGCCCGAUACGGAGUCGUGUUGUGAGAACUCACGUCGUUUUGGAGAUCUGAGAGGGGUUCAAUGGCGUAUAGAUUUGGGGAUUUUACCUUCUUCUCCUUCUGCAUCUAUCGAUGAUCUUCGCUGUGUCACUGCCAAUUUUCGUAGAAGAUAUGCUGCUUUGAGGAGGCAGCUUCUAGUUGAUCCACAAAUUUCGAAGGAUAGAAGUAAUUCUCCUGAUCUGGUCUUGGACAACCCGCUGUCACAAAACCCAGAUAGCAUGUGGGGUCGCUUCUUCAGGAAAGCUGAACUGGAGAGAAUGGUUGACCAAGAUUUGACGCGUCUAUAUCCUGAACGAGGUAGCUAUUUCCAGACAGCUAGAUGCCUAGGCAUGUUAAGACGAAUUUUAUUACUUUGGUGCAUUAGACAUCAACAGUAUGGAUACAGACAAGGGAUGCACGAGCUAUUGGCACCAUUGUUGUAUGUUCUUAAUGUUGAUAUGGAGCGUCUUUCAGAAGUGAGGAAAGCUUAUGAAGAUCACUUCACUGAAAAUUUUGAUGGCUUCUCUUUUCAUGAAAAUGACUUGACAUAUAAGUUUGAUUUUAGGAAAUUCUCAGAAUAUUCACAAGACGGUACUGGAAAAGAAAAAGGUUCUGUGAAGGCUAGCAGUCUUAGUGAACUUGGUUCCAUGACGCAAACCAUUGCUUUGCUAAGUGAUGCCUAUGGGGCAGAAGGAGAACUUGGCAUUGUUGUAUCUGAGAAGUUUAUGGAACAUGAUGCUUAUUCUAUGUUUGAUGCUUUGAUGAGUGGGGCUGGUGGAGCUGUUGCCAUGGCUGAUUUUUUCUCUACUCCGUUCGGGAGUCCCCAUAACGUGUUCCCUCCUGUAAUUGAAGCUUCUUCCGCACUCUAUCAUUUGCUUUCCGUUGUUGAUUUGCCUCUUCAUAAUCAUCUUGUUGAACUAGGAGUUGAGCCCCAGUAUUUUGCACUUCGCUGGUUAAGGGUCCUAUUUGGUCGUGAAUUUUCACUUGAAGAUCUUUUGAUGAUCUGGGAUGAAAUUUUCUCUCGUGAAAAUACCAAGUUUAAGAAACCAGCUGAUAAUGAUGCAGAGUCUGACUUUAGAGUCCUCGAUUCGCCUAGGGGUGCAUUCAUUUCCGCUAUUGCAGUUUCAAUGAUACUUCAUUUACGGUCUUCUUUGCUUGCAUCAGAGAAUGCUACCACCUGUCUUCAGAGAUUGUUGAAUUUUCCGGACGAUUUAAAUAUUGCUAAGCUGACAGAAAAGGCAAAAUCUUUGCAGAUUCUGGCAAUAGAUGCUAAUAAUUCAACUUCCCUGCCAUAUCAUCAAGGGUUGCAUGACGAGAGUAAAUUAGGGAUUACUAAGGCUCAUAGCCUUUCUUUAGAUUCAACUUCUCCUAGAACUCCACUGAAUAUAGUUCCCGAGAGCUACUGGGAAGAGAAGUGGAGAGUUUUUCACAAGGAAGAAGAAAACAAGCAAAAUGAUGUCAAAAAACAAGUUCCAAACCGCAGAAAGGGUUGGUCGGAGAAAGUAAGAUUGCGCCUGUCUAGAACUGAAUCUGACCCAUCCCCAUCUAAGGUUUAUGAAAGAAAAAAAGUCCCCAAGCCAUCUGUUAGGAGAAAUUUGCUAGAAGAUCUCGUACGGCAGCUUGGAUUGGAUGAAGAUGCAGAUAUAAUACAGUGCGAUGAAGAUAAUGACCAUGAGGAUCCAGUUGAGGUCAAUAGACAAGAUGUCACCCACGAGAGUGAAAGUGCUGAGAGCGAAGAGAACUCUUUCAAUUUAUCAGAUUCACCAAGUCCAAUUCAUGGAAUUAAUGAUCACGAGAACGAAUCAGUAAGUAGCAGCGUUGGUUCAAACAUAUGCAUUGAUGAAAAUGACGCUGAAUCUAGUAAUGCUGAGUCGCACAGGACUAACCCAGAAUGCUCCCCUCUUCCUGUCUCAAAUUCCCCGGAUGUUAUUGCUCUAAAAUGUGGACAAAAUGAUGGUUCUGUUAGAAAAUCAGCAACUGACAUGAAGGAACGAAAACUUCUAUCUGGUACACUUCAAUGGUUAUGGAAGUUCGGGCGGAAUAAGAGUGAGGAAACAUCUGAGGGAGCUGCUGCUUCUGAAGACGAAAAAGCUUUGAAGGGUCGAAGUGGUCAGAACAAUGUAGUUGACUCUGGGUGUGAUAGCUCUUCUGGAAUCACCAGUGAAGAAACAGUAGAUCGUAAUUUGAUGGUUAGCUUUAGGAAUCUUGGACAAACCAUGCUUGAGAACAUCCAGGUGAUCGAGUCUGUUUUCCAGCAGGAUCCUGGUCAAGUGGGGCCCUUGGAGAACAUGUUGGAAAAUAGUCUCAUUGGCAAAGGACAAGUUACAGCCAUGACAGCUCUCAAAGAGCUUAGAAAUAUCAGCAAUCUUCUAUCGGAGAUGUGA